AUGACGACAGGACACGAGAGCUAUGAAUAUGACAUGUGCGAGUCUCACAACAAGCGGAGGGAGUUCAUAUGUCUAGAUUGUAAUGAGUUGGUCUGCAAGCUGUGUCUGAGUGCUUCGCAUAAGAAACAUGAUGUUGAGAGCGCAGAUCACAUCAGGGAAUUGGCAGAACAACGUCAGUACAAUGAUGUCACUGUGGCCAGGUUGAGACUACUCUGGAGCACUCUUCAAAGAUUGGCAACAACACAUAAGAGUCUGAAAGAUACAUCCAAGUCUGUGACCGAGUCAUUCAAACUAUUUCACCAGAUGCUCAUUGCCGAGGAGCACAGAUCCAAUGCGCCAAUCAUUGACCGACUACAACAGACUACAACGAGCAUACGAGACAUUGUCAAGGAGAUCAAGAGCAUCAACAACCUGUUCAGACCGUCAACCGAGGAUAACACACUGUACAACGACAGUUAUGCCGACGGCAGCGAGGAGGAUGACAUGGUUCAUACGAUCGCCUCUUGCUCAUCGAUGGAUCAGUAUAUUGAGAGGUCAUUCCCGGCUCCAUCAUCAGGCCAGUCUGUUGCUGUGGAUGGCUUGAUUGCGUCGAGCUCAGACACUCAAGUGUUGACAAUGAUGCAGAACAUCCUCUCCUUCGAUGUUGAAGGUGUCCACGCGAGAUAG